AUGUCGGCUCGCCGAUAUCGAUCUACUGUGGCAUGUCAUUCCUGCCGCCAACGCAAGGUUCGGUGUAGCCUCAACGUCACCGGCGUGCCGUGUAUCCGCUGUGCCCAGGACCAUGCAGAUUGCGUGGUAGAUGCGCGAAAUGAAAGGGUCCGAAAUUCUCGGCGUCAUGUCCCGACAAGACAGCGCCCUAGUCCGUCCAAUAGCCCGUCCAACCGUGUCGGCGUAUAUCCUGGAGGUGGUAACAUAGUUCAUCCAUCGCCUCGAACUGAAACAAUGACUGGAUCCAGGAACUCGGAAUCUGGCGAGCGAUUUACCAUCCAGGAUGAGGAGCGCAAUGGACUUGAAAUCGCAGAAGCAGCUUUGGGGAAUCCCGAACGAGCUGGACAGGUCCCCUUCUACACUGGGGAUAAAACGGGGAUCACAUCGACCCUGACACUCUGCACUCCUGGGGAGUCUCUACCCCGGCAUCUCCUAAUUCCAUCGCAUGCCCCAACAUCCCUGUUGGAAGAAGACCGAGCCUAUCUCACAAGUAAAGGUGUCUUCAGCUUGCCGGGCGAAGAAGCCUGCAACAGCCUCCUUCAGGCUUACUUCUGUCAUGUGCACCCAAUCAUGCCUGUCAUUGAGGCUGACCACAUCUUGCACUUCUUCCGCACCGGCCGCCUCCGCGAGUAUAACCUACUACUAGUGUGGAGUGUUUUCUUUGUUGCGGUCAAUUUUGUCCCAUACAAUAUCUGUGAACUGGAAGGUUAUGAAUCCCGGAAGACGAUGAAAGCAGCUAUGUACUCCCGUGCGAAGUGCAUGUACGAUAAUGGCGGAGAACGCAAUAAGAUUGUUCUCCUUCAGGCCUCACUCCUGCUAGGCUUCUGGCACUCGGAGGUGGACGAGCAUGGCCAGCCCUGGUAUUGGACUGGCCUAUCUGUUACCCUUUGCCAGAUUCUCGGUCUACACCGUGAUCCCGAUGCAGCCCGCUACAAUACCUCCAUAAGUGACCGUCAGCGACACCUCUGGCGUCGUCUUUGGUGGACCUGCUUUUUCCGUGACCGCUGGCUGAGCCUCACUCUCGGACGACCUCUGCGCAUUGACCUCGAUGACUGCGAUGUACCGAUGCCGUCAGUGGCAGACAUGCUCAGCGAUUUACCAGAUGUCUCGGAGCCUAUAGUCGCCACGUUUAUCCCUCAUGAUCUCCCUCUUCUAGCUGAGUAUUGGGUCCGAUUGAUAGAGAUGAGCAGGCUUCUCGGGGCGGUCCUGACUAUGAACUACAAAACCAUUCGUCCCAAAUCCUCCAUGGGUCGGGUGGAGGCACUUGAGGCCGACAUUCUUCGCUGUGGUCCACCUGACCGGCACGACACUGGACUUAGUCGUCCGGCGCGGGCAAUUCUCAUCGUCUUCUACCGCCCUUUUACAACGGAAACACCGGACGAUGUCUCUCCAGCCAGUCAAAAGCAAUGGCAGCAGACAAUUCGUCAUAAAGUCGACUCUGCGGCCUCGCGUACAAACGACAUACUUGAUGUUCUCGCUGAGGAGAAUCUACUUGAGUAUGCCCUGCCAAUGACUCCCCCACUCCUUAUCCCUGCCAUGCAGAUACACCUUCUAAACUGUCGAUCCGGCAGUCCACUGGCGCGCCGUCUCCGGCUCAGCAAGCUCAAUGUAUGCAUGAUGGUCAUGGAAGAAUUCCAGAGAGUCUACACUGUGGCUUCAAUAUACCGUGUGAUCUUUGCAAAAGGCAUUCAGCAGAUAUGUCCCGAAGAGGCCGCCGAGACCACGAGUGCUUCAGCUUCCGUGGCUGUCCCUACGGCAGCACCCGCACCAGCUUUGCCCAACGUUGUAGCCCCUAUGAUGUCUCACGAGGCAGAAUUGGGGAUGGAAAUGGACGGUAUGGUCGAUGCUCUCCUGGAUGGAUCGUCGGCCUUGAAUUUCUGGGAGACCUGGGGUCAGUUGUGGGAGUAG